UAUAGAUCCGUGCUUCCAGCAUCAUCAGCUUUUCUCCAUCACUUGACCACAGAGUUAACCGGCCAUACAUUGGAUUUAAUUGUCUCUUACCUGCGUAAAAAUCACAGUUGACAUCAGCUAUGUCUGACAAGAGCGAGCUGAAGGCUGAGCUAGAGAGAAAGAAGCAACGUAUUGCACAGAUUCGAGAGGAAAAGAAGAGAAAAGAGGAGGAGAAGAAAAAGAAGGAUGUAGGGGACUCGAAGCGCGGCAUGGAGGCGGACAGUCAUGACGAUUCUGACCUGGAGAGGAAGAGGAGGGAGGCUGAGGCUCUACUGCAGAGCGUUGGGAUCACCCCGGAGACAGCGCACGUCCCCGCCCCCAUGUCUCCCUCCAACAAAUCAGUGGGCAGCGAUGCAGGAAGCCAAGACUCUGUGGAUGGAAACAUAGGACCCAGGACAUUGCAUUGGGAUUCUGACCCCUCAACUCUGCAACUUCACUCCGACUCUGAGCUGAUGGGGCGAGGAGCAGUGAGGCUUUGCAUGUCCAAACUGACACAGGUGGACUUUGUCCCAAAGGAGAUGGUGUCUUACUCCAAGGAAACGCAGACGCCCUCUGUGGCACUGACAAACACCGAUCAAAAAGCAGAAGAGGAUGAGGAUGAGGAGAUAACUGUCCCACCACCAGCAGAGGACACCCAGGAGGAAAAAGAUGAACAGGAUGGACUGGAGGAAGAGGACACACCAAAGGAGCUGACUGAAGAGGAGAAGCUCCAGGUCCUCCACUCAGAGGAGUUCUUGUCCUUUUUUGAGCGUGGAAGCAGGAUUGUGGAGAGAGCACUUGCCGAGCAGGUUGACAUCUGCUUUGACUAUAGCGGGAGAGAUCUUGAGGACAAGGAGGGUGACAUGCAAGCAGGCACAAAGCUGGUUCUGAACCGGCGGUUUUUAGAGGAGCGCUGGACUAAAAACAGAGUGGUCACCUGUCUCGAUUGGUCCCCUCAGUAUCCAGAGCUGCUGGUGGCUUCAUAUAACAACAACGAGGAUGCUCCCCAUGAGCCUGAUGGUGUGGCGCUGGUUUGGAACAUGAAGUACAAGAAGGAAACACCUGAGUACAUCUUCCACUGUCAGUCGGAGGUGAUGUCAGCUGGUUUUGCCAAGUUUCAUCCCAACCUGGUGGUCGGUGGGACGUACUCUGGACAAAUCGUCCUGUGGGACAACAGGAGCAAUAAGCGCACCCCUGUGCAGAGGACGCCUCUGUCUGCAGCUGCACACACACACCCAGUCUACUGUGUGAACGUGGUAGGAACCCAGAAUGCUAACAACCUGAUUAGCAUUUCCACUGAUGGAAAGAUGUGCUCAUGGAGCCUGGACAUGCUGUCUCAGCCACAGGACAGUCUGGAGCUGGUGUUCAAACAAAGCAAAGCCGUGGCUGUCACUUCCAUGGCUUUUCCUUUGGGUGAUGUAAACAACUUUGUGGUGGGAAGUGAGGAUGGCUCCAUCUACACUGCCUGUCGUCAUGGGAGUAAAGCUGGCAUCACUGAGGUGUUUGAGGGCCACCACGGCCCGGUGACCGGCCUAAGCUGUCACAGCGCUGUAGGACCUGUUGAUUUCUCUCACCUCUUCAUCUCAUCCUCUUUUGACUGGACCGUCAAACUGUGGAGCACUAAGAGUACCCGUCCGUUGUACUCCUUUGAAGAUAGUUGUGAUUACGUUUGCGACACCAUGUGGUCUCCAACACACCCUGCUCUGUUUGCUUGUGUGGACCUAGCUGGACGCCUGGACCUGUGGAACCUCAACAGUGACACUGAAGUCCCCACUGCCAGUGUGUGUGUGGAGGGGAUGCCAGCACUGAACCGUGUGAGGUGGGCUCACUCUGGAAGAGAGAUUGCCAUUGGGGACUCUGAAGGGCAGGUGCAGGUCUAUGAUGUUGGGGAGCAAAUCUGUGUGCCCCGCGCUGAUGAGUGGACACGCUUUGUCAGAACACUAGCAGAGAUCAACGAGAACAGAGAUGAAGCAGAAGAACUGGCCAACGUGUGAUGUUUAACAUACGGAGACUUUCUCCACCCUGUAUUUAAGGUGUGUGGGGUUUGACCUCUCCAGCUCAGGUGUCACGACGACACGUUACUCAGCAUUCUAAACU